AUGUCUGGCAAUAUGACUAAGGAGGAUGCUUCCCGAAUCCAAUCAACUCAACAAUGGCAACGUAAACUAAUGGAACUUUUGCAACAGGCAAAGGGCGAAAAAGACAUGUCCUCUUCUGGCUUUGCGGCACGUGCACAAUCUGCCGGUGACCGCACCAGCACUGCUGGCGCUACCACAGCAGCUCAAGGUACUGGCUCCGCUGGAAAUACCACUAGUGGAAAUGCAGGACAAGCCGAUGCGAACAAGAAGUAG